UUUGACCAUUGACUCCAAUGCCAUCACUUUGUUCAAACAAAAGUCCAAGUCUUUAGUCCAACUUCGUAGAGGUUUAACCUUCUUCCUCUUAUUCCUUUCACCUUUCUCUUUUUAUGUACCAAAGUUCCCUAACCCAAUUCACAAUCCAAUCUGAAAAUUUCCCAUUCUUAAUUUCCCUUCAAAAUUCAGAAACUUUAUACUGAUUCUCCAUCUGGGUUUUGUCCAUUGUUGUUUAAAUUCAACUGGGGUGUUCUUAAUUUUGCAGCUGAAGCAUAAAGUUUCAACCUUUUUUACAUAUAUUUUCACAAGUUAAAAGCAAAAGCAAUAAUGGGUGCAACUGCAACAUCAAGUAACGCAUUAGGUGAUUCUGAUACUGAUACAAUUGAAAUAACAGGAAAAAUCAUGGUGGUAGCUAUAAUUUUCCUAUUUGUAGUUGUUGUGUUUGUUAUAAUGCUUCACUUAUAUGCAAAGUUGUUUUGGUGGCGUUUUAAUCAGAGUAGUACUGCUCCUCCACCACGAAACCGCCGCCCCCGUCGGCGGCGGUUUGUUUUUGCUCCAGGUGAAGAUGCUGUCAUCUAUGAGACUCAACAAGAUGGACUUGACCCUUUGAUUCUUAAAUCUUUUCCGGUUAUUGUUUUUCAAUCAGAAGAUUUCAAAGAUGGUUUGGAAUGUGCUGUUUGUCUUUGUGAUAUAGUUGAAGGAGAAAAAACUAGACUUUUACCAAAAUGCAAUCAUGGGUUUCAUGUAGAUUGUAUUGAUAUGUGGUUUCAAUCUCAUUCUACUUGCCCUCUUUGUAGGAAUCCAGUUUCAAUUUCUUGUGAAUCAUCUAAACCAAAUAAUACUAUUUCAAAUGGUGAAGAUGUCAAUGUUUUAAUGUCAAGCAAUAAUGAUUUAUUAGAAGAUGAAAAUUUGAGUCAUGUGGAUGGUUUUGAGUCUUCAAAUUUUCCAACAAAUGUUUUAGUUUGGGGGAAUUGUCAAACACAAGUUAGUUCUUUUGGUGUUAUUUCAUUGGAAGAAGAAGGAGGAGGAGGAAAUUCUCAGCAACAACCUUGUUCUUCCUCAAACUCAUCAUCUUCAUCAACAUCUUGUACAGCUAGUGAUUGUGUUAAUAGUAGAUGUCAUGGAAAUGGAAUGUUGGUGAUUGAUAUACCUAGUGAGUUUAGUUCUUCCUCUUUGUCACCUUCUGCUAUAAGGUGUUCUGAAGAUGAAAUGAAAUCACCAAUGCCAACGAGAUUGAGAUCAUUUAAGAGGCUUUUAAGUAGGGACAAAAAGUUAAGUCCUUGUAGUCCUAGUUCUAUGGAUGUUGAACAAGGCCAAAGCUAAUAGAGAUUUGUUAUUGGUAAUGGUAUUCAUUAAUUAUUCUUACAAGAGUUCCUCCUUUGGAGAGAGUUCUGAAAAACUCUGCUACUUUCCUCUCAAUACUUGUAUACAUAAUUGCUAUGGAUGGCUGCCAAUGUCAUGUGGCACAAUUGGCAAUAUAUGUUGCUAUGGAUGGCUAAGGGUGGCUGCUAUAUGUGAUUUCUUGUUAUUUAAUCAGUUUCUCUUUUGUUAAUAUAUGUGCUAGAUGCACAUAAAGUGAAUGAAAUACAUACAUGUGAUAUGUCAGUAAUUCAAUUUCAAAAAGUAUGCUCCAUAGUCCAUACCUAUAGAGCAUUUUUUUUUUCUA